AUGGAAGAGCAGCGCCUCCACAAGGCAUUCAGCUGCAUCCGAUGUUUUGAGAGAAAGGUGAAAUGCGACAAGCAGAGCCCGUGCUCCAAUUGUGUCAAGUCCAAGAUUGAAUGCAUCUUCCGAGUCCCGCCCGCUCCACGCCGCCGGAGGAAACGGGCCCAGGAGGAUCUACUACUUGCGCGCCUCAAAAAGUGCGAGGAUCUCCUCAAGAGCAGAGGCAUCGACGUCGACAAUCCCGAAACACAGUCGCGGGCGGCUUCGGGCCCUGUGACGCUCGAAAGCCCUCCGCUGACUCAACCGAGUUCGCAGCAACUCAGUCCCGAUGUGUCGGGCACGACUGGCGAGGAUCUCAUCUUCGCCGCGUCCGAGAUCAGGAGCGCCGGUCGGUUGAUCGUAGACCAGGGCAAGUCCCUGUUCGUCGAGAACAAUCUCUGGGCGAGUCUUUCGGACGAGUUCCAACAGCCCAACGAAGCGAUCGCCGGAUACUCCGACGACGACGAGGACGACGCGGGCACCCCGGUCGAGGAGAGCACCGAGUUCAUUCUCGGCUACACCCCGACGAGCAACUCGAUCCAACAACUACAUCCCUCUCCCACCAAUAUCUUCAUCCUCUGGCAAAUAUACCUUGACAACAUCAACCCGAUGACCAAGUUCAUCCACUAUCCGUCGUUUGGCAAGACGCUCGAGCAAGCCUGUGGGCAGCUCGACAAUCUGCCCCGAGGCCUGGAAGCGCUGUUGUUCGCCAUCUACGGCGCUGCCGUCUACACCAUUGAUGACGAAGAGUGUGAAAUGAGACUCGGUGAGCCUCGAAAGAUCCUGCUUGCGCGAUACCGACACGCCACGAGGAAAGCGCUGGCCCGGGCGAGGUUCAUGAAUACCUCGGAGCUAGUGGUGCUCCAAGCUCUGUCCCUCUACCUGUUCUCCAUGCGCGAGAACUACGACCCGCGGACGAACUGGACCUUGGCAGGAAUUGCCGUCCGCAUCGCCCAAGGCAUGGGUCUCCAUCGCGACGGCACAGGUCUGGGGCUGUCGAUUUUCGAGACAGAAAUGCGCCGACGUUUGUGGUGGCAAAUAGUCGUGUUGGAGGGACGCUCAGCCGAACUCAGUGGUUCAGGUCGAUUUAGCGACCUCUCCUUCUCCGAUGUUCUGGCACCGACCAACGUGAACGAUGAAGACCUCUAUCCCGAGAUGAAGGAACCGCCAGUUCCGCAAACAAGGCCGACCGAAAUGAUAUCGUGUCUUCUCCGAAUCGAGCUUACCAUGUUCUUCCUGGAGAAGCAACGACAAAAAUCGAGCAUCGACUUUGAGAGCUUGCGUCUUUCCGCGCCGUUGAAGAGCUCUCUUGAAGAGCGAGACGCCACGAUGGACGAGUUGGAACAACGGCUUGAAGACAAGUUUCUCAAGUACUGUGAUCCGUCGGUGCCUAUACAGUUCAUGUCUAUCAUCAUCGGCAGAGGAGCUAUCAACAUGAUGAGACUGAUGGCCCACCAUCCGCGCAAAUGGGGCUACCAGGAGCAACUGCCGCCAGGAGAACGGGACUACCUCUGGAACGUGUCGGUGAAGCUUCUCGAAGGAACGAACAUGGCACAUUCGUCGAAGCAGUUGCAGAGAUUCAUGUGGCAUACUAGAGUGCAUUUUGUGUGGCAAGCCCUCAUUUUCGUCCUCAACGACCUGAAGCAGUCUACUCUAGGACCAGAGGCUGACAGGGGGUGGCAAGCGGUGGACGAGAUCUAUCGGCAUCAUCCAUACUUCGUGACAGACUACAAGCGACCCUUGCACGUGGCGGUGGGAAGCUUGUGCUUGAAAGCGUACGCCGCGCGGGAGAAGGCCCUUCGCGCAAGUACCAACGGUGUGUUCCCCAAGUUCAUCCCAGAGUAUAUCCAACAGCUCCGCGAGCAGCGGGAGACUGGGCCGCUACAGCGCGCCAAGGCUGCGUCGUCGAAGAUGCGCUCCGGCAAUGCGAGAGAUGCUGUCAACGAUGCUGGGAGCAGCGAUAGCCAGUUCCCGACCACAAUGGGUUGGGAGAGCAUCUCGCCGCCGACGCAACCUACGCCCAGUAAUCUCUUCUCGGCGGACACUGUAUAUGGCACUUCCAACGCAAGCAGCCAGCUCCCCUUGCCUGCCUUCCAGCCCAUAAUACCUCCACCACCGGCUGGCGACGGUAUCUUUGCAUCUGAACAUAGUCUGGCGCACGAUCUGGCGCUGGCAGACGUCCAGCUGGAUUGGGCGCAGUGGGACUAUAUCAUGCAGGAUAUGGGGGAGAUACCUUGA